UCCAACCCCAUGGCAGUCACAAAGGGCAAAGGUCAUACGUUACACAGGGCAGCAUUGACCUUUGGCUGCCACACCAAGAAGAUGCAAGAGACUUCUGUGUGGCUAAAGAACUUAGGGAAACCAACCUACACUGGCUUGACAGACACACAAGCCGCAAGCCGCUUUGACGACUUUCGGAACAUGGAGCGUCAAAGCAUCAGUUACGUGCUUCGUAUAAGACCUGAGGAUGAGGGAAAUGCGAAUGGUGUGAAGACACUGAGGGUCUUGCUGGCUGGAGAGGGAAGAAAUGAGGGAGAGAGUGGACGGGGCCUGCCUCGGUCGGGAGUAGUAGUAGCAGCAGCAGCAGCAGCAGCAGCCGCGGCAUUAAGUAGACAAGGUGGGCCUGCUACUGGUGCUGCAGGCUACUUGAUUCGCUGGACCCGAGAAGGCCAUGGUGCCAGUCGCCGUGUCUGGGAGAAUGCGCAGCAGCUUCAGCAGCCGGUUUCCUGUAGUAUGAAUGGCCCCCGGGUUGCGCAGCCUGGGCCACUGCCGAAGGGCAAAUGUGGCUCCAGCAACAGGUUCGCCCGCUGGCAGCUACAGGAGCUGGAGCUUGUUUUCCAGCGCACUCAAUACAUCACUGCAGAAGACAGAAAACGGCUGGCAGUGUGUCUGGGUGUGUGUGAAGCCAAAGUGCGGAAUUGGUUUCAAAAGAGAAGAGCAGAAUAUAGGAAAUAUCACAAUCCAUAAACAAAGGCUCAGAGGUGUUCCUCCUCCUGAUAAGCACAGCACCUUUCCCUGAAGAUUGUGGAGGGGUCUCGAAGUUAGCCCUUGCCUAGGAGCCAGAUGCAGAGGCUAUCCCCCCUCCUCCACCCCCCGCCCCCCCACCAACCUAUUGUUUCAGCCAUAUCCUCUCAGCACUUGUGCUUUCAAUAAA